GGUCUCUACCUGAAAUGGGAAAGAGAACAAUCAGGGUGUGAGAAUUGUUUGAAGCACAAUCUCUGUGCUCUAUAGCAAGAGUGCAGGAAAAGAAAGCAGCAGAGAAGGAAGGAUAGAAAUGUUUGUCCAGACUGUGAAAUGAUCCCACUUGGUUUUGCCAUGUUCCUGUCUCAGCAGGAUGAGCUGGAAUUCAGCAUGGGACCAGAAAAUGAAACAGCAGUUACUGAGUUCAUCCUAGAGGGUUUCCCAGAGCUUGAUCCAAGACUGCAGCUAUUUUUCUCUCGGGUCCUUCUGCUCAUGUACCUGACAACAGUGAUGGGGAAUGCAACCAUCAUUUUCCUCGUGUGUGUGGAUCACCAGCUGCAAAGCCCCAUGUACUUUUUCAUCAGCAACCUGGCCUUCCUGGAGAUCUGCUUUACAUCCUCCCCAAGCAUCAAAUUGUUUGUCAUGCUGAGCUCUGGUCAGAACACUCUCUCACGAAGCAGCUGCUUUGCCCAAAACUAUUUCUAUUUUGCCCUGGGCUGCACAGAGUUCAUCCUGCUCGUUCUCAUGUCCUUUGACCGCUAUGUUGCCAUCUGCCAACCUUUGCUCCAUGCUGCCAUCAUGAAGCCUCAGCUCUGUGUCCACCUGGUUGUUGCUGCUUGGGUCCUCGGCUUUGCCCUGCUGAGCUACCGGCUGUUCUUCCUCUCGGAGCUGUCUUUCUGUGGCUCCAAGAUCCCCCAUUUCCUUUGUGACAACUCCCCCUUGUUCAGACUGUCCUGCUCUGACACCAGCCUGCUUUGGAAAAUAGACUCUGUCUUCUUAGCGUGUGUCGUGCUGGGUUCCUUAUGUUUGACUCUGGCAUUUUACACCUGCAUCCUUUUCUGUGUUCUGCAUCUUCCAGCAGCCUCUGGGAGGAAGAAAGCUUUGACUACGUGUUCUUCCCAUCUCAUCACCUUGUCCAUUGCCUAUGGGAGCUGCAUUGCUCUCUACACGUGUCCUGCAGAAGAUGUUUCCUUGAGGACCAACAGAAUUGUAGCUCUGCUCAACACAGUCCUGUACCCAUUCUUAAAUCCAUUCAUCUACAGCCUUCGGAACAAAUCUGUGAUCCUGGCCCUGAACAAAUCCAUUGCCAAGGCAAGAACAAAGCUUUUCCCCUAACCAUGGUGCAUUUCUGGAAAGCCAUCCCAAGAAUCUGAUGUCAUCUGUUGCACACUACCAGUGCCUGUGAGUGCAGCCUCCAAACAGGGCUGCCUCAGGAGACUGAU